AUGAAUGUCACAUACAUCACUCUUGAUGGUCAUGUAGAGGUUGAAAAAUACAGAUAUGUCUACUUUGUUCUCAUGUUUACAGGUUAUGUUUUGAUCCUGUCCAGCAACUCCACAGUGUUUUGUCUGAUUGUGAUCCACAGAAACCUCCAUGAGCCCAUGUACGUUUUCAUCGCUGCUCUGCUGAUGAACUCCAUGCUCUUCACCACCGUGGUCUACCCAAAGCUUUUGAUCGACUUCUUAUCUGAAAAGCAGAUCAUAGCUUAUGAAGCGUGUCUCUUUCAGGCUUUUUUGUUCUACUCUUUAAGCGGUUCUGAAUUUUUACUGUUGGCUGCAAUGGCUUAUGACAGAUAUGUGUCCAUAUGUAAGCCUCUGCAAUAUCCAACCAUUAUGAGAAAAACAAAAGUGAGGAGCUUCCUCGUCUUGGCGUGGCUUGUGCCUGCCUGCCAUAUAGCUGUGGCUAUUGUUCUGUUUGCUCAUUUAAAACUCUGUGGUUUCACUCUGAAAGGCAUUUUUUGUAACAAUUCAGUGAAUUAUCUUCUCUGCGUGGCUUCAAGAGCGAUAGUGAUCUACGGCUUAGUGGUUCUGUUCAACCUCAGUCUUCUUCCGAUGGUUUUCAUACUGUUCACUUACACAAUGAUUAUCAUAGUGGCCUAUAGAAGCUGUGGGAAAGUGAGGAAAAAAGCUGCACAGACGUGUUUACCUCACCUGCUGGUGUUAAUCAACUACUCCUGUUUGCUCACUUAUGACAUGAUUAUUGUUAGGUUGGAAUCUGAUAUUUCAACGACUGUACGUUUUGUAAUGACAAUGCAAAUAAUAAUGUAUAAUCCUCUUUUUAAUCCAGUCAUAUAUGGACUGAAAGUGGGAGAAAUUUAUAAACACCUGAAGCGGUUGUUCUGUCACACCAGAGGAAAGUGA